GAGAGAGAGAUGUCCAGUUAUUUUGAAAGACAUAGAGCCCAUGGCACUUGUACACUUGUGGAUAAACAAAGCAUGAGGAUACUAUAACAACUCUGGCCAUAAUGACUGUGUGAAGGUGGUCAUGUCUAACCCGGAAGAGCAGGAGGCUGCCGUGGGUGUAGCUACUGGAGCUGGGCUUCAGAAUGGAGGUGUGGAGUCUCCGGCAGGUGAAGGAGAGACUGUAGCUGCACACAUAGUGCCUGCAGGGACAGAACAGACAAGCCCUGAAAAGAUAGAAGUGGUUUCUGUUGGAGAUGAGGACCUUCCAGCCUCUGACACCCCAUCCACUCUCAAUGUCAGUGCCCUUGAUACCCACAAUGGCAGUCUGGCAGCUGAAAACAGUACCAAUAAACUGGCCUCUGAGACCACAGAAAACACGGAGUGUCAGUCUGAAGCCCCCAACAAUAUCCAAGCACAGCCCUGUCCAGCAAUGCCGGUAACUAAAGUCCAGCCUUUCCUAUCAGAUGAUUUAGCAGAGGAGAAGACACUCCGAGGCCGUUUGUUUGCACGACGGAUGGAGCUGUUAAUUGGCGCAUGUGCAUUACUCAUGGUUAUCCUUGUGCUUGGCAUUGGGCUGGGAGUGGGUCUGAGCUGUAUGGGGAAGUUCCAGUGUGGCUCAUCUCACUGUAUCAGUAGCUCUGCUCAGUGUGAUGGACAUGUGGACUGUGAGCACGGCGAGGAUGAGCUUAGCUGUGUGCGUGUGAGUGGGAAGAGUUCAGUUCUCCAGGUGCUGAGUGGGGGAGUGUGGAGCACAGUGUGUUCAGAGGACUGGGACCCUGAACUGGGUUUAUCUGCCUGCAAACAGCUCGGAUACUCUAGCUUUGUGCAGUCUGGUUCUCUCCCUCUCUCCAACAUUGAACAAGACCUUCAGAGUAACCUAGUGUCAAUCAACCUGAGCCAGCCAAGUCCGCUGCAUGCCGUCAAGAUACACAAUGCAACCAGCCUGAGUAAAACUGAAUGCAGUUCAGGAGAAGUGAUAACUCUGAAGUGUUUGGAUUGUGGCUCCAGGCCUCAGUUCAGCACACGUAUCGUUGGGGGUAACUUGUCUCGAGAAGGCCAGUUUCCCUGGCAGGUGAGCUUGCACUUCCAGAGUGAACACUUGUGUGGAGGAUCUAUUGUAGCACCACGCUGGAUACUAACCGCUGCCCACUGUGUUUAUGGCUUUGCCUUCCCCCAGCUGUGGACGGUUCUUGUUGGACUUACAGAGCAGCCGGUCAGCAGGGCCAAGUAUCUCUCCGUGGAGAAGAUCAUUUAUCAUGCCCGGUACCGGCCUAAAGGCCUGGACUAUGAUAUUGCUUUGCUGAAACUGGUGGAGCCUCUUACCUUCAAUGGCUACGUUGAGCCCAUCUGUUUGCCUAACUUCGGAGAGGAAUUUGAGGAUGGGAAGAUGUGCUGGAUCUCAGGCUGGGGGGCCACUGAGGAUGGGGGAGAAGCCAGUGUGUCUCUGCACUCUGCGAGGGUGCCACUUAUCUCCGCCAAAGCCUGCAGCCAGCCUGAAGUCUAUCAGGGCUACAUCUCCCCCGGCAUGAUCUGCGCUGGAUACCUGGAGGGAGGAACAGACUCCUGCCAGGGGGACAGUGGUGGUCCACUGGCCUGUGAGGACUCCUCUGUGUGGAAGCUGGUGGGGGCCACGAGUUGGGGUCAAGGCUGUGCUGAGAGAAACAAACCUGGAGUCUACACACGCAUCACACAGGCCCUCACCUGGAUACACCAGCAAAUGGAGAGAGAAGAAACACUGAACCCCUCUCCAGUCAGCUCAGACAACUGAGACUGUGUGGAACAAGGAGGCUGUGUAUUUGCCAUUCAAACAAUGCUUCCACGAGUCCACUGGACCGCUUUCAUUCUGA